AUGGAUCAGGUUCGAAAAGCGCAGGCCGUCUUAUUUAUUGUCAUCUACAAUAUGCUUCUGGCAUUUGUUGCAUUUGGCUUCAAUUUCUGGCGGGAUGUCUCGAGGAACUUCAGGACAGACGAAUAUAAUGUAAGGUUAAGCGAUAUGAAUAAUUUUUGAUUUUCAUGUCUUACAAGGGAGUUUCCGUGUUACGCAAAUCCCUUGUAAAGCCGGAGUUGGACGAUUGGGGAAACCGAAAAGUAUUAUUUUUCUUCCAUGCAAGUGUCGAAAUUAGGAUAAUCGAGAGUGCUGAUUUCGAAAAUGACAUUCAUUCUCUUGAUCCUUAUUUUUUUAAGUAGCACUGUAAGGUAGUAAUUUUUUGAUUUUUUUACAAAUACUCGAUUUGGGACACCAUCGAAAACCCCCAAAUCGGGUAUUCAUUGAAAAAAAACUAAAAUUUACUGCUUCACAGUUCUACUUAUAAACAAAAAUAACCAUCAAAUAAAACUAAUGACAUUUUCGAAAUCAGCACCCUCGAUUAUCCUAAUUUCGACACUUGCAUCAAAGAAAAAUCAUACUUUUUGGUUUCCCCAAUCGUACUUUCCCCAAUCGUCCCAGUUCCUUCUAAAGCAUGCUGUCGAAAAACAAAAAAAUUUAACUCGAAUAUUUUUAGGGUCGAUAUUUAUUUUGUCUCCAAAUCCUGGUCAACACGAUCGCUUCCAUCACCGCCUUACUGUGGCUACAUUACUUUCUGAAAAACAAAACCUUCAAAUUCUCAAGGCCAUCGACAUUGCAGAUCGUCCUUGGUAAGGAAACUUGUUACUUUUUUUACAUUGUAUUAGAAGAUGGAUUACAAAACAGAAGAUGAUAUUACAACUAUCUUGAUUUCAGGCCUUAUCCGGGUAUCUGGCCCAUUGAUCGUUGCCAUAACUUUCUUCAUUCUGCACGAUGUUGAUCCACUUUUCGUGAAAGUCGCUACUUGGUUUCUUGUUCUCUUUUUUGUUCAACUAUCUCUAGCUGUUUUCCUGACUCUUCGAUUUAUUUGUAAAGAUGAGUGA